GGCGCGCGGCCGGGGCUGCCCCCCGCGGUGGCGGCGGCGGUGGUGGCGGUGAGCGAGCAGCGGUGGCGGCGAUGCGCGGGGCUCCUGGCAGCGAUGGAGGACCGGUCUCACAAGGUGCUGCUGGCGCUGGUGAUGCUCUUCCUCUUCGCCGUGAUCGUGCUGCAGUACGUCUGCCCGGGCACCGAGUGCCAGCUCCUGCGGCUCCGCGCCUUCAGCCCCUCCGCCGCCGCCGCCGCCGACCCGUACCGGGCGGAGGACGAGACGCCGGCGCGUUUCGUUCCCCGUUUCAAUUUCUCCGCCAGCGAUUUGCUACGGCGGGUGGACUUCAACAUCAAGGGGGACGACCUGAUCGUGUUCCUGCACAUCCAGAAGACGGGCGGCACCACCUUCGGGCGGCACCUGGUCCGCAACAUCCAGCUGGAGCAGCCCUGCGAGUGCCGCGCCGGGCAGAAGAAGUGCACCUGCCACCGGCCCGGCAAGCGGGAGACUUGGCUCUUCUCCCGCUUCUCCACCGGCUGGAGCUGCGGGCUGCACGCCGACUGGACCGAGCUCACCAACUGCGUCCCCUCCGUGGUGGACAACAAGAAGGAGGUUCGGCUCCGGCCCUCCAGGAACUUCUACUACAUCACCAUCCUGCGUGACCCUGUCUCCCGCUACCUGAGCGAAUGGCGCCACGUCCAGCGGGGAGCCACCUGGAAGGCGUCGCUGCACGUCUGCGACGGGCGCUCCCCCACCACCGAGGAGCUGCCCAGCUGCUACGCGGGGGACGACUGGUCGGGCUGCUCCCUGCAGGAGUUCAUGGACUGCCCCUACAACCUGGCCAACAACCGCCAGGUCCGCAUGCUCUCCGACCUCAGCCUGGUGGGUUGCUACAACCUGUCGGUCAUGCCGGAGGAGCAGAGAAACAAGGUCCUGCUGGACAGCGCCAAGGAGAACCUGAAGAGGAUGGCUUUCUUCGGCCUCACCGAGUUCCAGCGCAAGACUCAGUACCUCUUUGAGAAGACUUUCAACAUGAACUUCAUCUCGCCCUUCACGCAGUACAACAGCACGAGGGCCUCCAGCGUGGAGAUGGACGAGCAGACUCAGCGGCGCAUCCAGGCCCUCAAUUUUUUAGACGUGGAGCUGUACGAUUAUGCAAAAGACCUGUUCCUGCAGCGCUACCAGUACAUGAGGCAGAAGGAGCACCAGGAGGCGCGGCGGAAACGCCAGGAGCAGCGCAAGAUCCUGCGGGCCAAGCAGGCGCGGCUGCGGGAGCGGGCGGAGAACGGCUCCAGCGCCGACUACAUAGGGAACGUGGAGCGCUGGCGGCGGUAGUGGCGGGGAAAAGGGAGGCUCUGGGGGACUCUGGAAGCGCAGCAGCACCCAAGCCGCCAACCUGGAAGGUGGGAGGGGAGGGAGGAGGUGCAGGCAGAGGGGUUGGGAGCAAGAAGAGGUUUAAAAUGUUGCCUUUGCAGUUGCCUUCGCAGUCAAUGUUGUACUGUACGUGGAACACUUCACCUUAGCGCGCGACGGAGUCGUCCCUGGGAGGUGGGCGGGGGUUGGGUUACUUACGGCAUCCGGCGGACGGGUAGGGUGAUUGGAAAUGGGUGCUGGGAGGUUAAUGGUGGUUGGAAUUGGGUGCUGGGAGGUAUAUUUGAACUUAAGGGGAAAAAAAAAACAAGGAAAGAGGGAGGAAAAAAAUUGGAAGUGGUCCUUGGGUGUUUAAUUAAUCAGGAGAGAAAAAGGAAAGGGGAAAUUGGAAGUGGUUGCUUGGGUGUUUAAUUAAUCAGGGGAGAAAAAGGUAAGGGGAAAUUGGAAGUGGUUGCUUGGGUGUUUAAUUAAUCAGGGGAGAAAAAGGAAAGGGGAAAUUGGAAGUGGUUGCUUGGGUGUUUAAUUAAUCAGGAGAGAAAAAGGAAAGGGGAAAUUGGAAGUGGUUGCUUGGGUGUUUAAUUAAUCAGGGGAGAAAAAGGAAAGGGGAAAUUGGAAGUGGUUGCUUGGGUGUUUAGUUAAGCAGGGGAAAAGAGGGAAAGGGGAAAUUGGAAGUGGUUGCUUGGGUGUUUAGUUAAGCAGGGGAAAAGAGGGAAAGGGGAAAUUGGAAGUGGUUGCUUGGGUGUUUAGUUGAGCAGGGGUAAAGAGGGAAAGGGGAAAUUGGAAGUGGUUGCUUGGGUGUUUAGUUGAGCAGGGGUAAAGAGGGAAUGGGGAAAUUGGAAGUGGUUGCUUGGGUGUUUAGUUGAGCAGGGGUAAAGAGGGAAAGGGGAAAUUGGAAGUGGUUGCUUGGGUGUUUAGUUGAGCAGGGGUAAAGAGGGAAAGGGGAAAUUGGAAGUGGUUGCUUGGGUGUUUAGUUGAGCAGGGGAAAAGAAGGAAAGGGGAAAUUGGAAGUGGUUGCUUGGGUGUUUAGUUGAGCAGGGGAGAAGAAGGAAAGGGGAAAUUGGAAGUGGUUGCUUGGGUGUUUAGUUGAGCAGGGGAAAAGAAGGAAAGGGGAAAUUGGAAGUGGUUCCUUGGGUGUUUAGUUAAGCAAGGGAGAAGAAGGAAAGGGGAAAUUGGAAGUGGUUGCUUGGGUGUUUAGUUGAGCAGGGGAAAAGAAGGAAAGGGGAAAUUGGAAGUGGUUGCUUGGGUGUUUAGUUGAGCAGGGGAGAAGAAGGAAAGGGGAAAUUGGAAGUGGUUGCUUGGGUGUUUAGUUGAGCAGGGGAGAAGAAGGAAAGGGGAAAUUGGAAGUGGUUGCUUGGGUGUUUAGUUGAGCAGGGGUAAAGAAGGAAAGGGGAAAUUGGAAGUGGUUGCUUGGGUGUUUAGUUGAGCAGGGGAAAAGAAGGAAAGGGGAAAUUGGAAGUGGUUGCUUGGGUGUUUAGUUGAGCAGGGGUAAAGAGGGAAAGGGGAAAUUGGAAGUGGUUGCUUGGAUGUUUAAGGGAAAAAAGGAAAGGGGGGGAAAUUGAGAAUGGUUGCUUGGGUAUUUAUUUAAGGGGGAAAAAAGGAAAGGGGAGAAAAAUGGGAGUGUUUAAGCAAAAAAUAAUGGGAGUGGAUUGGAAAUGGUUGCUUGGAGAUCUAUUUAAACAAGAAAAUGGGAGGGGGAUUGGAAGUGGUUGCUUGGGUGCUUAUUUAAAGGGAAAAAAAGGAGGAGGGGAAUUGGAAGUGGUUGCUUGGAGGUUUAUUUAAGGAGAAAAAAAGGGAGGGGGGGAAUUGGAAGUGGUUGCUUGGAGGUUUAUUUAAGGAGAAAAAAGGGAGGGGGGGAAUUGGAAGUGGUUGCUUGGAGGUUUAAGCAAAAAAAAGGAGGUGGGGGUUGGAAAUGGUUGUUUGGGCAUUUAAACAACAAAAAAAAAGAGGGAGAAAUUGUAACUGGUUUCUUGGGUGUUUAUUUAAGGGGGAAAAAAAGGGAAAAGGGGGGAAUUGGAAGUGGUUGCUUGGGUGUUUGUUUAAACAAGAAGAAAAAGAAAAGGGGAUGGGGGGGAUAAAAAUAAAUCCAUAAUAAAUUAGUUAUGAUGCUAGAAAAUGUCUAUGAUGCUCGGCUGAAAUCUCUCUGGGAAGCAAACUCCUUUCCUACUACUGAGCAUUUAGCAGCCUCUCACAGUACAGUAGAUGAGCAAAAAAAACCCAACAAACCUCUUUGUUUUGCUGUUAUUUUCCCCUUUGGUUUGCUCUCAGUUUUCUUUCCAUAAAGGCUUUUCAAGGGCACCAACUGCUGAUCAUCUUUCUUGACCUGGUGGUCUUGAAUACUGCCUUCAGGUUCUGGGCUCCCCAGUUGAAGAGGGACAAGGAUCUGCUGGAGAGGGUCCAGUGGAGAGCUAUGAGGAUGAUGAGGGGACUGGAGGGCAUGGCUGAUGAGGAGAGGCUGAGGGACCUGGGGCUGCUUAGUCUGGAGAAGAGAAGACUGAGAGGGGAUUUGAUCAAUGUUUGUAAGUAUCUGAGGGCUGGGGGUCAGGAGGUGGGGACAGGCUCUGCUCACUGCUCCCUGGGACAGGACAAGGAGCAAUGGAUGGAAGCUGCAGCACAGGAGGUUCCAGCUCAACACAAGGGGGAACUUCUUUCCUGGAAGGGUCCCAGAGCACUAGCACAGGCUGCCCAGGGAGGCUGUGGAGUCUCCUUCUCUGGAGCCUUUCCAGGCCUGUCUGGAUGUGUUCCUGUGUGCCCUGAGCUAGAUUGUGUGGUGCUGCUCUGGCAGGGAGGCUGGACUGGAUGAUCUCCUUGGCUCCCUUCCAACCCCUGACAUCCUGUGAGCCUGUGAAUGGGUGGCAAAAGGAACAGAAAAGGUCUAGAAGAGAACCAACAACCACCACAUUGAUUAGUUUUCUGGGUGGUAUUGGCUUUGAAACCAAGGCAAACCACAACAGAACAACAACAAGGAACAGAAAUAAUUCCUCUAGUUCUAUAAAUACUUCCAGUUUUAAACUUUUUUUUUUCUACCUAACUGCUGUUUAGAAUUUUAAGCUUGGUCUGUCUCAUAUUAAGGUUAAAAACAACAACAACAACAACAAUAAUAAUUAAAUGAAAUAAUAAAAUGAUAAAUAAAUAAAAGAGUCCUGCAUAAUUUUCUGACCUCAAUGCCAAGGUUAAAGAUGCUGCUGCCAGCAUCUUUGUUUUUUCCCAGGGCACUGAGUUUUUAACCCUUCUUGGAAGACUUAACAGCACAUCCUCAUGGCCCACAAAGGGUUUUGCAAACUGAGCUCCUGUGGCAGUGUCUGAAUGUUAAGCCAUUCUUACCCAUGAGGGCUCCAGGAUGCUUCAACUUCUUCCUUCCUUCUCACUAAUUGGUGGUAUAAAGAGAGAUGUUUUGUGUAGUGUCUCUUAAAACAAGUCAUGAAGCUCUUUUAAUCCUGGCAAGAUUCCUAAGGGAAUUGAUUGAUGGAAGAAGAGCUCCACAAGUCCUGUGAGGAGGACUCACAGCUGAGGGAGCUGGGGAUGUGCAGGCUGGAGAAGAGGAGGCUCAGGGCAGACCUCAUUGCUGUCUACAGCUACCUGAAGGGAGAUUGUAGCCAGGUGGGGGUCAGUUUCUUUUCCCAAUUCCAAUCCCUGAGCACUCUUGCAGCAAAGCCAUUUAUCCUAAGGCUGUGUUUUGUUGGAGAGCUCUGCAGCUCAGCUCUGGAGCUGGUACUGCAGGAGGUGGUGAGUCAGCCUGAUUCCGUGUAGCUGCCCUAAGGAGCAUUUGUUGAGGUUCCUUGCAAGCCAGAUCAGAUGAAAAGUUCUCAUCAGCUCUGAUUUCCUGCUCUAACACAAAGAGCAAAUCUGUUGUUGCCACUCUCAGAGGUCCCCAGUUCAGUCCUGGUUUGUCAGCCAGGGCAGCAGCCUUAUGUAGCCAGGUGGGGUUGGGCUCUGCUGCCAGGCAAGCAGCAACAGAAGGGGACACAGCCUCAAGCUGUGCCAGGGCAGGUCUAGGCUGGAUGUUGUUAGGAAGUUGUUGGCAGAGAGAGUGAUUGGCAUUGGAAUGGGCUGCCCAGGGAGGUGGUGGAGUGGCUGUGCCUGGAGGUGUUGAAGCCAAGCCUGGCUGGGGCACUUAGUGCCAUGGUCUGGUUGGUUGGGCAGGGCUGGGUGCUAGGUUGGGCUGGCUGAGCUUGGAGCUCUCUUCCAACCUGCCUGAUUCUGAUUUUUCACUUAGUGGUGGGAUUUACUCACAGUGAAUCUUUGCCACAGCAGGUAAGAACAGGGCUGUGGGGUUUUUUUCUCUCUCUUUCUCUCUAUGCUCUUGAGCCCUUCUUAGCGCUGGCAGCUGAACGAUGACUCCAGACAAGGGGAACCAAUUUUAACCAUAGCCAUAGUUGUACAGGAUGAGGAGGUUACAGGGUGCACAGGGCUGCAGCAGCCCUCUCCUGAGCAGGCUUUGCUGGGGUGUAGGCUGUGUGGUUGGGCUGGGCUCACCCCUCCAGCCCUUCAGCCUCCCCUGGACCGGCAGGGAGAGGAGAUGGGGCAGGAGGUGCCAGGGGCUCCUAUAAAUCUCUAUGCAAAACUAACGUCCACUGAAGCCACCUCUGCAAGGCUUGGCCUGUGCAUUCUGCCAGCUCAGACACUCUGCAUGCAAUCUGCAAUGCUCCUGAGCUUGGCACCAGCCAGGCCAUCUUGGUGUGGGUGCUGGUGGCACCCCAAAAGGUGCACUCUCUGCCCCAAUGGACGUGAUGCUUACAAGGCUCACUUGCACUAUCGCCUUCCACCUGUAACGUUCUGUACACCACGAGGCCAGGGCAGGCACAGCAUCAGCUCCUUUCCUGGAAGGGUCCCAGAGCACUGGCACAGGCUGCCCAGAGAGAUUGUGGAGUCUCCUUCUCUGGAGACUUUCCAGUCCUGUCUGGGCAUAGCCCUGUGUGACCUGAGCUAGAUUGUAUGGUCCAGCUCUGACAGGUGUAGGGGAGGGUUGGACUCGAUGUCCUUGAGUCCCUUCCAACCCCUGACAUCCUGUGAGCUUUACAGACAUCUCACUGCACCGUGCCCAAGCUCUCUGAAGGUUGGGUUACAGCUGAGGUUGCUUUGCAGCCCGCAGGGUGGGGGGCAUCAAGCCUGCAAGGGGCAGGGUACGAGCAGCACAGCAGCAGCAGCAGCCCAGUCCCCUGCACUAAGCAGCUCUGGGGUAGAGCAUCCCUUCCUGUACAGCAGAGUUAUUUUUGUUACUCCAAUGCAGGCUGCAGCUGCCAAUAUGAUGUCUUGAUUGUACUUGGGGUUUUUUUUAUGUUUGUUUCUUUCUUUUUCCAGGGGAAAACCUUUGGCUCUUCAAACUCACAGGCAUUGCUGCAACCAGGACUUUGGGUUUGGGUGGGGGGAGGGUGGGGGGUGGAGUGGGGCUGGAGGGCCUGUUGCAGGAGGGGCAUUUGGUUUCCAGGCUGUGGUGUGCAUGGUUUACAAGAGGCUUUCAGUUGGUUUGGGGUUUUCUUUCAUUUCCCCCUUUUUUUUUUACCUUUGUGUAUCCUGUUUAUUGUACAUAGGGGGAUGUACAAAUGUGAAGGGACCCCUUUUUCUUUCUCCUGUCAUGACCAUGUCAGGCUGGACUGAUUCCCACUGUAGCUGCUGUCUUAACUGUGUAGAUCUCCAGGCUGAUCCACUGACUCUGAUUGUGUAACUUACCCAUAGAGCUGAUCAAUAAAAUGGAACUACAGCCUGCUGGUUUUCUCAA